AGAGAUGCUACAGAGCAAACAAAUCCUACCAGUUCCUACAGGAUUGUUCCCUUUAACCAUCGUACACCUACUUAACCAGAAAGAAUGCGUUACUGAAAUCCCUCCGUCGGCACCAGAGUUUUACAAAUUUCGAGAUGCCAUGUCCCUCAAGGUAACGAUCACAUCAAAGCACACACUUCAUCUCAUCAACCAUUACACUCAUGUUGAAGUGUACUUUACUGGUCCUACCCAGCACUGUCCAUUAGUACGUAAGCUACUCACAACAGCUAUUGAUAAUAGCACUGAUGCCAUGCACCUCAAGCAUAAUUACAUCAAUGCAUUUGCUUGCCCUAACAAUGAGAGCUGCUAUUGUAUUGUAAAUGAAGAUCAUCAUAAAGUAGCUGAUUGUACAGUUUGUGGUGAAUCUCCUGCUCUUAGCAAUGACUACUGGACCUGGUUUAAUGAUGCACAAGGACCUGAUGAGGGUAAAAGUGGAACACAAAUAAAACAAGAUAAUGAUCAGCUAUCAGAUGAAAACAUCUUAGACAUGAAGCCUCAAUUGAAUGAUCUUGUUAGACUAUUUGAUAGUUAUGCUGCUCAGUUUAAACUCAUUGGUAUUGCAUUAUCAGUUCGAGUGGAUGACCUGUUACCAUAUGCAGAGGCUACUACUAAUAACCUCAUUCAAGUGUUCCAGAGAUGGAUACGCAGAGAUAUAGACGUGACCUGGAGGACUAUCCUAAAAGUUUGUCAGGGCUAUCCUGAUCACUUUGGAAAGGCAGAGGCUGAAGUAAAGCAGUUCCUCUCAUCAUCCACUGCCCAUUCCCUACCUGUUGAGAGUAAGAGUAUCAUUCCAUCAUCCACUGGAGCUCAUGACCAUUAUUUUAAAUUUUUUCCUAGUAAAAGUUAUGCUUUUGUUUUUAUUGCUUCUUUGAUAUUAGUAUUUGUUGCUAUUUUGAUAUUUUAUUUGUGUUAGAA